AUGCUUAAGAAGACCAACAGGAUUGAGCCCAACAGCAAAAAUAGGACACAAAGCCCAGAAAAGUUUAAUCAACGAAUUUCACACGUCUUCAGCCACCAGAGCUAUGUCACCUUUCUUACUAUCUGCUACAGUUGUCACCAGAAUUUCAGAACAUUAAAAAAAACUAAAAUUGGAUCCUGUUGCUGCACUCUGAAAGAGCAAUUAUUUUACCCAUUCCUGGUAAUGUCAUUUGUCUUGUCUGGGAUUUGGCUGUUCCUGUGGAUAGAAAGCUCAAAUGAAUACAAUGGCUUUGACUGGGUUGUUUUUCUAGGAACAGGACAAUGGAUCUUCUGGUCUAUUAUUUUUCUGAGUUUAGCUGGGAUCAUGACUGCCUAUUCUUCAUUGCUGUUGUUACUUGGAUUUUUGUUGAUUUGGGAAGGGAUUCGACUGUACUUGCACUGGUGUCAUAAGAUCCUGAUUCUGCUAGUGAUCCUGCUAUGCCUCUUUUUUAUGUCCCUUUUAAGAAAAUUGUGGCCUGAUAGGUGGCUGGUAGCUGGCCAGUCACUGCAGGUCAUUGCUCCCUAUGUGCACCUGUGCAGCGUAGCACUGAUGGUUAUCCUUUCCUGGCCUUUGGCUCUCUACAUGACCCGUUUGGAAAGAGAAGUUAGAAGACACAAGAUGACACCUUUCAAGAAAAAAAGACUCAAGAGAUGUAAUAUACUCACAAGGUUAAGAGGUCUACAAGUGGCUAUUGGAUUGCCCUUUCUUCUUAUCCUUUUAUGUCUCUAUUUGAUGCCACUGAGAAUUUAUUCUCCCUGCAUUCAGGAGAAGGAGGAUUUGGGGCCCAAGCCAUUCGUCUUUGGACAUAGAGGCGCACCCAUGCUGGGGCCUGAGAACACCAUGAUGUCCUUUGAGAAAGCUGUUGAACAUGGAGCCAAUGGGCUGGAGACUGACAUACAUAUAAGUUACGAUGAUGUGCCUUUCCUCAUGCAUGACUAUGACCUGAGAAGAACCACCAAUAUCAUGGAAGUUCUGCCAGAUGCUGCCUUCACACACCCUGCCCUCUUCAACUGGAGUGUCCUGUCCACUCUGAAUGCAGGCGAAUGGUUUGUACAACCGCAGCGCAGACCAUUUUUCAAUAUGAAACGUCUAUCAGAGGAAGAUAAAAAAAGAGCAAGAAAUCAGUCAAUUCCAAAACUAGCUGAUUUAUUAAAACUUGCAAAGAAGGAAAAAAAAUUUGUGAUAUUUGAUCUUUAUGGCCCUCCACCAAAACAUCCUUUCAGAAACACAUUUGUCCGCCAAGUAGUAAAGGUGAUCCUUGCCUCUAAAAUUGAACAACAACAGAUUUUUUGGUUACCAAGCCACGAUAUGGCAUAUGUCAAGUACAUGGCUCCUGGUUUUCAGCAUAUAGGCCGUACACUCUCCAUUGAAAACCUUACAAGAGAAAAUGUUAGUAGAAUAAAUGUUGACUAUAAGGACAUAUUAUUCUCCCAUAGGAUAAGAGAUUAUAUAGAAGCCAACAUCAAGAUCAACUUAUACAUCAUCAAUGAGCCUUGGCUUUUCUCACUGGCCUGGUGCUCCAGUAUUAACUCAGUGACCACAGACAACAUUUCACUCCUGAGCCAGAUUAAUCACCCUUACUUCUUCAUGACACCAAAGUUCUAUAUGUUCUUGUGGCUUCUCACAGAUACUGUUUCUGCAAUUUUCAUUUUUGCCAUAUUUUAUUUUUACUGGCAGAGAGAGACCAAAAUAGAACAAUUGUUCAAAAUCUCCAGCAUUCACACAGGUGCUACAAGUACAAGCCAAAGUGAGGGAGCUUCACACUUACCCACGAACCCACCUGACCGUAUGCAAAGUCCUUGGAGCUUAGAUGCCCUUGACCCAGCUAUAACCAAGAAUUCAAAGGAAUACCCCAAUGCUUUACAUUUAGGGGUACCCUCCAAGAAACCAGCACCUAUCACGAACACUGUCAAACCUCUGAAGCCUGCCACCCAUGACAUUCAACCACCAGCACCCAGUACAGGCACCCAAGCACUCAGCUGGAAAGCUACAAAUAAGGCCGCCUUCCAAACUACAUUACCUGCUUGGCAGGUGGAUAAACCAAUAAUACCCUCCAUAGGGGCUUUCCAUCCUGAAAUAGGAGACCCCCAAGAGACCACCAGGGCUUCAUCUUCCCAUGAAACCUAUACAACUGUACAGUCUACCAUAUCCAGCUCGUCCUCCUCCUCUGAACACUUGUAAAGGAUUAGCCACACUUCUCCUCCCUCUUUCCUCUUUCUCUCUGCGGUGGUGGUGGGGAGUGGUCAAUAAAGGCAUGCAGAAGGUCCAUUGGGGCUCUCAGGAACCAUUCUGGUCUAGCCUUUCUAUCAAGAAAUGGCACAGGCCAGGGGAAGACAGUGUGUGUGGUCUGGAAACUGAAGCUGGUUGCUCUCUGGAUACUACACUGUCUCAUCAUGACACUUAGUGUUUUCCUGCUAAAAGAGUGACUGUGCCUAUAAAUAAAGGAAACUUUCAGGAUACUGGAGGGCAAUGGUGUAUUCUUUGGACCUCUCUGGGAUCACCUGUAGAGUGGUACAAUGCCACCCUGAGUCAGAGCAGGAGAGGGGUCAUGGGCAUGGAUCAGAGCAAAGAUCUCAUCUCCUGCACACAGACUUUCUGAUCUAGUGUGCAGUGAGUACUUCCUAAGAGCCUGUGGUUCACUGACUCCCCAGUGGGGUGGUGGCACAAGCCCAUGCUCUCCUAAUAACUUUUGACCCAGAGGGAAAACUAGAGCUCAGAGAACAUGUCUGCGACCCCUCUGUCUGGGAGCCAAAUGUUAGCAGUUUCACUGUGUGACCUUCACUCUUUCACACUUCCUUUCUGGCCUCAGCUGCUACUUGAUGGUGCCGGGGCAGGGGGCCACAGAACCUUCUGCCUCAGCUUUAGCCUGGGCUGACUGGCUGCCAUCCGAACACUGGUGGGCAGGGCUUCAACAGCCACCUUCAACAGCCACCUUAUCACCCCAUAAAGCAGAGCAGUCUGGUUGGGGACCUCCAUGUACACACACAAGCCCCUCCCCCUCCUACAUGGACAGCUGGGGAACUAAGGGAUAGCACUCUCUAGGGGGUACCCAGUCAGGGACUUAAGUGUCUGGGUCACCCACAUCUGAGGGCUAGCAGGGCCCAGCCCUGCUGAGGUUCCCAGCCUUGAGGACAGAUCUCAAACCCUCUCACCUAAAGAGGAUCCUCCACUGGCAUGUCUCUAGGCAGUCACCCCCACCACAUCCCAUGCCCCACCCACAGCACACCUUCUCUGUCUGAAGCGCCCACUCCUGGCCUAACCCAUUCAUGUCCAAACUUGGUUGCCCCAUGCUGGUCACAAAGCAACAUUUUUUCAGGUACCCACUAGACACAGGGAUUUAACCCAAAGCAGCACAGUUCUUGGGGUUCUUAGGUACGUCUUGAUAACCAAGAAGAUACCUGACAGGUGCCAGGGCCACCUCAGCUCCACUGGUCCCAGUUGCCCAGGAGCUGAUUCCUCCCCUAGACACCUCCAGCCCAUGCACACUUAGGUCCCUAUCUUCCAGGCUGAUGUCCAGCAUUUGCCCCCAACCCACCCAGGUUCCAGUUGGUCCCUUUAAAGCCACUUUCAAGCACAUCUUGAGCUCAAGUUCCCCAAACCCCAGACCAGCUGGGCUCUGGCAAACAUGGACCAAAGAAGUAG